AUGCCGAUAACACACUACCCUCGAAGCAGGCCACAGCCUUACAGUUCAAUUCCAAUGCAACUCUUUCCAGCCAAAUUGCCGUUCAAGGCAUCGCUGGGAAAGCUCGUGCGAGCGAUCAAACGCGUUGGUCACACUCACCCUCGCUGCUUGCCUCCUCCCCUCGUCAUCGACAUUAUCCCACUUUCCCCCGUGCCCAGCAUAAGCCACUCGUCCGACUCGAAUUCGACAAUGUCUGGCCCGUCCACGCCUGUUACGGAGAGUGACUCUGUGUUUGGUGUGAGCGAAUCAACAAAGCCAUAUGUCGAGCCAGAGGCACCCGACCCUUUCCUUGUCGAUUCAGACGAAGAGCAAGAGAGCGCUACGCCGACCGAGUCACGUUCCGUCCAGGAAAUCCAAAUUCCCCUCGUUGCACCAAUUCCACUUUCCCCGCACCAAAUCGCAAGUCCGCUGUUAUCGCCCAAUCUCAACAAAGACGAUCCCCCACCGCCUACAGACUCUGACAGCGACGAAGAGGACGCGCCAGAGCUGUACCUUCCCGCCCUCGUGAUCCCGACGAUGUUUCUCCCGCUUCCCAAUACAGAUCCGUUGACUACACUCCUCAACAAAUAUAUUCAUCCUCCAGAGAAACGUCCGAUGAGGGAUCUCACCGGGGAGUGGCAGCGGAGUGACUUCCACGCACUUGUAAUGUCGAAUAGCUGGCGUGCGCUGGCGAGGAUGGCGCGCGACAGGAUCGUGACAGCCGACCCGGAAGACCUUUCGCUUGUGUUGGGACUGUGGUACCUUCGUCUAUCGUCGCUGUCGAGGUUACGACUCUACAACCAAACGACCGCCGAGUGCACCAAUUUGUUCACGGUCCUGAAUGGCGUCGAGCCUCCAACAACACGGCAGUGGCUGUUUGAGCGUGUGCUGCCGUUUGAGCUGGAGGUUAUGAAUGCCCGUCUGAGGUACUGGGCAGGAGAUCACAUGGGCUACCUCGACGCGUUAUAUGGCCUGCUGAGAAAAUGCAAAAUGCGAUGCCGCAGAGCCAAGGGUGAUGCUACAAUCGUCGCAAUGUGGAAGGAGCGCGGAGCAAGAGUAUGCUUGAUCAUUGCCUCGCAGUUGGUCGAGAUGAAGGACUUUGCUGCAGCGACCAAGCUGCUGGAACCAUUAUGUGAACAGCAAGAGGGCGAUGUCACGCUUGUCUCGCCCGCCUUACACUCUGCUGUUGGGAGAAUAUACCUCCAGUGCGGUAACCUCGCCAUGGCCGCCUCCCGUUUCGAGCUUGCCGCUGCCGGCGCGCCAGAGUCGAUGGUGGAGAUGAAUGCCGCUUUGAUGGCCGCGGCGGAAGGCGACUGGGUGCAGGUGAACGAGAUACUCCAAGGACCGGCCCUACAGCAAGGCCCAGAACGGUUCGUCGCCGUCAACAACCGCUGUGUGGCGCUGUUAAGUCAGGGAAAAGUACAAGAGGGCAUUGCUAUUAUGGAACGUGCAUUGAAAGAGUCGCCUGAAAGCGUCGUUGUAGCCGAGCCCUUCUUGUUUAAUCUUUCCACCCUCUAUGAACUGCGAUCCGCCACAGCGGUGGAGAACAAACGCAAUCUCCUCAUCGAAGUGUCUAGAUGGAGUGGCGACGGGCUCAAAACAGCGUGCCUCAAAAUGCCCACAUAG